CAACCAUCGAACUCGGCAGCUUACCGUCAACGACGCAAUUAAACCACACCUUUCGAAGAAAUUCUAAAGGAAGACGGUCAACAUGUCAAAGAUCACCGUCGCCGGUGUGCGUCAGCACGUUGCUGAUCUCCUCGAGUACAGCAACAACACGAAGAAGCGCAACUUCCUGGAGACGGUCGAGCUCCAGAUCGGCCUGAAGAACUAUGACCCCCAGCGUGACAAGCGUUUCUCCGGCACCGUCAAGCUGCCCACCGUUCCCCGCCCGAACAUGAGCAUCUGCAUCCUCGGUGACCAGCACGAUAUCGACCGUGCCAAGCACGGCGGCGUGGACGCCAUGAGCGCCGACGACCUGAAGAAGCUCAACAAGAACAAGAAGCUGAUCAAGAAGCUGGCGCGCAAGUACGAUGCCUUCGUCGCUUCCGACUCGCUGAUCAAGAUGAUCCCCCGUCUGCUGGGUCCUGGUCUUUCCAAGGCCGGCAAGUUCCCAACUCCCGUCUCGCACGCCGACGACCUCAGCGCCAAGAUCAACGAGGUCAAGUCGACCGUGAAGUUCCAGCUGAAGAAGGUACUCUGCAUGGGCGUCGCUGUUGGCAACGUUGGCAUGACCCAGGACCAGCUGGUCGCCAACAUCAUGUUGGCUAUCAACUACCUCGUCUCGCUGCUGAAGAAGGGCUGGCAGAACGUUGGUAGCCUGACCAUCAAGGCUACCAUGUCGCCUCCCAAGCGCCUCUACUAAAUGCGGUUCUCGGGGCUCCUGGGGGUCGUCUCGGGGGUUUUUUUUCACGGGGCAUAGCAUGAUAGCAUGGUG